UUGCUCUUUUGUAUUUUUCUCGAAGCUUCGGCAGUUCAUCUUUUUGUAGAAAACUAUAACAGUAGCUCCUUCCAAAGGAUCUCUCCGCUUCUGAAUUUCAGCCAUGGAAGACGAUUUCGACUUCGGCGACAAAGUCCCGCCGGCCGUCAACCGCAUGGGUAACGUGAUUAGGGAUGCAGAUGCAAGAGGAUUCAAUCCAGGACUGAUUGUGCUGCUUGUAGUCGGUGGGCUGCUAUUGGCUUUUCUUGCUGGGAAUUAUGCUCUGUACAUGUAUGCGCAGAAGACCCUCCCACCAAAAAAGAAGAAACCAGUUUCUAAGAAGAAGAUGAAGAGGGAGAGAUUGAAGCAAGGUAUCUCUGCACCUGGAGAGUAGAAGUGUAGUAGUUGUGGUGUAGUGGUAGCCUUUUCUCGUAUGUGCUGUAUUUGUGUUCCUCACUUUAUCGAAUUUCAGUGUUUGAAGAGUUGUUUUGUUUAUGUUGUUAAAGUUGGUUAGUAUCUGAGCAUAUAUUUAGAAGUUUAUUGUCCCCUGUAUCCUUAGUAGAGAUGAGAAAUAAUAAUAAAAACAUAGUUUAUAUGGUAUAUUUUGAUCCAA